AUGGUAUCACGGGCGCACGAGACUGAGCCGAUAGGAGGCUUUGCUAGGAACACUUUGAGGAGUUCUGCCGGUAUGGCGGAUCUCUCCAACAGCGAGUAUACUACGGGACGCUGGCCUGCCAUCUGGGAUAGUCGCACUCGAGGCACGAAACUCAAAGCACUUGAACCACUGGUUUCAUUCGCCUCUCGACCAAUACUGACACCCUUGCACUUCUCACCGGGUUGCUACACUAACCCAACCAAAGGUGUCAAGAAAGAGACAGCUGCUGAAGAGUUCAAGGAAUGGUGGAGUUUACUCCUGGAGGACCAUACCACAGUCUUCUCCGAUGGCUCAGAGCAAUACGAUCAGGGCAAGUUCAUUGGCUAUGGAUACGCUAUCUACAAAGGACAGGCACUAGUUGGCUCCGGAUAUGGAGCUAUCAAUAUAAUAUCCUAUGUAUUCGAUGCAGAAGCAAUAGGAGCCCUCAAAGGCCUACAAUACAUUGUUCGAUUAACAACGGACAAACAAACCCUAAUCACGAUAUGUAUCGAUAGUACCUCAGUCAUUUGGUGUAUCUGUACAAACGCAGUUGCCUUGUUACAAUGGGCUUUCCUCGAAUGCUAUGGAAUAAUAGAAACUCGAGAUAUCAAUAUCCGCUGGUCCUCUGGCUACAUUGGUAUCGAAGGAAACGAACAGGCUGACCGAUUGGCAGACCUCGGUGCUAAGAGUGGACGAGUAUCAGAAGAUAACUGCGCUCACCCCACAAUCAGUGAUAUUGGAUCAAUAGCAUGCCUUUCAAAACGAAACACAACCUACAAUUGGUGGUGUAUUGCUAAGAACUCUCUAUCGGCAACAUAUUCGAAAUGGGAACUGGAAUACUCUAUCAAGGAGCCCCCCGAGCUCACACUCCCAAGAGGGAUAUUCCAUCGACUCCUAGCAAUGUGUAUUGGCCACGGAGACUUUUCUUUCUACCACUGCCGCUUCCAGUACACUGAUGCCGAACUCAACUGUAUAUAUGGUUACAACAAAACACCAGAUCACAUAUUCUUCUGUGACUACUCGGUCCGAAAGUUUAGGAAAUGGCCCAACAGGGCUCCUUUCCCACCAGCCAACAAGCAACAAGGGAUGGACUACAUCAAAAGCCUGUUUGGAAAGCCGAAAGACUUUGCAGACUUCCUUAAACAAACCAGGUGCUUCGAACACCCCUAUCAAGCUGUAUAA